CAACAACAACAACAACAACAACAAAAAAGAAGAUAACAACAUUAAAACAACGCGGGGAGAAAUCCACUGAGAGGAUCACGACAUGUGCCGUCGCUUCACAGGAAGGUCACUCCCGACAAACAUAAGCAGUGCGCGGACUGUGUGCGGAUAUUUGGAGUAAAUGCACUCCGCUGCAAUUGAAAGACCACAACACACAGUGAGACAUUGACCCGGCUUUUUAUUCCAAGAAACGCGGCAUGGGGGAAUUACAUCCCGACAAGGCAGCACAGGCUAGAAGAUCUGACGAGCGAAAGGAGGACGGCGACUGAGAAGCCUGCAGGAGAGAGGAACUGCAUAAGUGGCUGGUUCUCCGCGUCCGUAAGCCGGCAGGCUCCCGUUUUGCAGCUGAUGACUGUCCUUCAGGUGGCUGGUCUGCAGGGCUGAGUGUGUUUGCUGAGGUGCUGCCCCAGCUUGUAUGUUGGUCACUUACAUUUGCACUCCCUCACAAGGACCAUGUGGUCUCUAAGGAGAAGUUGUCUCCCCUCACAGACCUGGAGCAGUUCCCACAGUUGCGCCAGUUUCAGCGUGUCCUUGUGGGUGUUAAGUUUUUGUUGGUCCUUUGCGGCCGUGAGAGGACAGAACUACCACCCUACCGUGAACACACAGUAUGGGAAACUACGAGGGGUGAGGGUGCCUCUGCUAAGUGAGAUCCUGGGGCCGGUGGAUCAGUAUCUGGGGGUUCCAUACGCUGCCUCCCCAGUGGGAGAAAAACGUUUUAUGCCUCCCGAGCCUCCUUCUUCCUGGUCAGGGAUCAAGAACGCCACCCACUUUGCUCCCGUCUGCCCUCAAAAUAUUCACAAUGCUGUGCCAGAGAUCAUGAUGCCAAUAUGGUUCACCUUCAACCUGGAUAUAGUUACCACGUAUAUACAGGAUCAACAUGAGGAUUGUCUGUAUUUAAACAUCUAUGUUCCAACAGAGGAUGUCAAAAGAAUAUCCAAGGAAUGUGCCAGGAAACCCAACAAGAAAAUGUGUAGAAAAGGAGGGGCCCAUGCAAAAAAACAGGGUGAGGAUUUAUCGGAUAACGACGGUGAUGAAGAUGAAGACAUACGAGACACUGGUGCCAAGCCCGUGAUGGUCUACAUCCAUGGAGGGUCCUACAUGGAGGGGACGGGCAACAUGAUCGAUGGGAGCAUCCUGGCCAGCUAUGGAAAUGUCAUUGUUAUCACUCUCAACUACCGCGUCGGAGUCCUCGGCUUCCUCAGUACUGGUGACCAGGCCGCUAAAGGGAACUACGGGCUCCUGGACCAGAUCCAGGCUUUGAGGUGGAUUAGUGAGAACAUCGGCUUCUUCGGUGGAGACUCCAACCGCAUCACUGUGUUUGGCUCUGGGAUUGGAGCGUCCUGUGUCAGCCUGCUCACCCUCUCCCAUCACUCUGAAGGUCUGUUCCACAGAGCCAUCAUUCAGAGCGGGUCAGCACUCUCAAGCUGGGCCGUGAACUACCAGCCAGUCAAGUACACUCGUCUCCUGGCAGAGAAGGUGGGCUGUAAUGUCCUGGACACCUUAGACAUGGUGGACUGUCUGAGGAAGAAGAGCUCCAGGGAGCUGGUGGAGCAGGACAUACAACCUGCGAGGUACCACGUGGCCUUUGGACCCGUGAUCGACGGCGAUGUUAUUCCUGAUGACCCCGAGAUCCUGAUGGAGCAGGGCGAGUUCCUCAACUAUGACAUCAUGCUGGGGGUGAACCAGGGCGAAGGGCUGCGGUUUGUGGAGAACGUGGUGGAUUCAGAGGAUGGCGUGUCUGGAAAUGACUUUGACUUCUCCGUCUCAGACUUUGUGGACAGUCUGUACGGGUACCCCGAGGGUAAGGACACACUGAGGGAGACCAUUAAGUUCAUGUACACAGACUGGGCGGAUAGAGACAAUCCAGAAACCAGACGCAAAACGCUGGUGGCGCUGUUCACCGAUCACCAGUGGGUCGAGCCAUCAGUGGUGACGGCCGAUCUCCACGCUCGCUAUGGCUCUCCCACCUACUUCUACGCCUUCUAUCACCACUGCCAGAGCCUGAUGAAGCCUGCCUGGUCCGAUGCCGCCCACGGGGAUGAAGUGCCAUACGUUUUUGGAAUUCCUAUGAUUGGUCCCACCGACCUUUUUCCCUGUAACUUUUCUAAGAACGAUGUCAUGCUCAGUGCCGUGGUAAUGACCUACUGGACCAACUUUGCCAAGACCGGGGAUCCCAACAAACCGGUUCCCCAAGACACCAAGUUCAUUCACACCAAGGCCAACCGCUUUGAAGAGGUGGCCUGGUCCAAGUACAACCCCCAGGACCAGCUGUACCUGCAUAUCGGCCUAAAGCCACGUGUGCGUGACCACUACCGUGCCACCAAAGUGGCUUUCUGGAAACAUCUAGUGCCCCACCUGUACAACCUCCAUGAUAUGUUUCACUACACGUCCACCACAACCAAAGUGCCCCCGCCAGAGACCACGCAGAACACUCUCUCCACCAAGAGGCCCAACGGGAAAACCUCCUGGCCAUUCAACACCAAGCGGCCUCCUAUGUCCCCGGCCUACAACAGCGAGGACGAAGACUCGACAGGCCCACUGGUGGUGGAGAAUCCACGGGAUUAUUCCACAGAGCUCAGUGUCACCAUCGCUGUUGGAGCUUCGCUGCUGUUCCUCAACGUGCUGGCCUUCGCAGCCCUCUACUACCGCAAGGACAAGCGGCGGCAAGACUCCGGCCAUGGGCAGCCCAGCCCACAGCGCCAGACCACCUCCAAUGACAUUGGCCACCACGCGCCCGAGGAGGAGAUCAUGUCGCUGCAGAUGAACCAGACGCACCAUGAGUGCGAGGCAGGGAAUAGCAACGAGGGGGCACUUCGCUUGGCCUCGCUGCCCGACUACACACUUACUCUGCGGCGCUCUCCUGACGACAUCCCCCUCAUGACCCCCAACACCAUCACCAUGAUCCCCAAUUCCCUGGUGGGAAUGCCCAACCUGCACCCCUACAACACCUUCACAACCGGCUUCAACUCCACCGGCCUGCCGCACUCCCACUCAACCACCCGUGUAUAGCUUUAGGAGGCCAUGGGCAGCUGGUGCAGGCGGGAAGGGGGAAGUGAAGGAGGAGGAGGACGAGCAGGCAGAUGAACAAAUGGAGGAGAAGAUUGUGUUUUAUAAAUAUCACAGGGAGGGGGAGGGGAAGGGCAGGAGUCAGAUUAAAAUGUGAAGAGAUUUAACUAGACUUUUACAAUGAGGAGAGUUGCUGAGAGCUCUCUGUGGAUGUCAAGUUGUGCAGAGCUGCCAAAAUCAAACUGCUUCCCUUCUCCUGAAAGGGGGAAGGGGGUUUUCUGCAGUGUUCUUUUCUAAAAUAAUCAUUUUAAAAGCCUUUUUAAGCAGACUGUGGAUAUAUCAACACUGUUUUUUUUCUUGAAUUCAUUACAGUUAUAAAGAAAAGUGCUUUUUAUUUUCCACCCCUUCCUCCUGCGGGAGACACAUCUAGAACAAUGGCCUCUAAGUCAGUAUUUGCAAAAUGUUUUUAAUUGCUUCUUUUUUGUUUUACGUUUCAAUGCCUUACAAAGCUCGUUCUGUUUUGUCAUUAUUUCUAUUCCCUCAGACUAUUCCAAGUGGACUGCAUUACAAGCAGAUGAGACUCAAAAGAU